AAAGUGCCUAAUUGGGCCAGGUUGCGGGCCCGGGAGGCAGGAGGGCGAGCGACGCCUUGUGGGAGUUGUAGUUUGGCUCUCCCGCCGCCCUGCCCGAAGAGCGACACGACUACAAGUCCCAGAAAGCGCCGCGCGUGACCCUAGCAACCGCUGGGCCUCUCCUCCCCUCCCCCAUCCACUGAAGGGAAAAGAAGAAGAAGCAGAAGGAAAAAGGAGCCGGUCCGCUGUGUCGAGCUUCGGAUGUGCUCCUGAAGGAGGGAUUUGCAAAUGAACGCACUUGCGCUGCCCUAUUUUUGUAUUUGCAUUUUUUGAAAAAAGAAAACUAUAUUAAUUUUCCCGCGUGAAGAAAACUUAUUUUGCAGUUUUGUUUAAGAGGGAGGUUGAAUUGCAUUGUAAAAGCAGGCCGAAUGUUUAGGAAUGGCUGAAGAGAACAACAAGGGUCAACAACCCAAGCCCAGUGGUAAAAUAAAGAAGGCUUCAGUUGCUGAAGAGGAAGGGGAAGAAGAAGAGGAGGAGGAGGAGGACGAGGAGGAAGAAGAGGAAGGGGAGCUGAGUUUAGGCAAAGCCAUGCAGCAGUGCGAGCUCAACCAGGACAUGAUCGACAUCAGCAUCUCCAGUCUGGAAGGGCUCAGGACCAAAUGCGCUGCGUCCAACGAUCUGACGCAACAGGAGAUUCGCAUGGUGGAGGUGAAACUUGUCAAAUACAUCAGCAAGCAGUUACAGUGCAAGCGCAAGGUACCGCCUAGUGAGAGAACCUCUGAAUUGGAGAGCUAUCCUCGACUGAGUGACUGGUUCCAUACAAUUAACUUAAGAAAAGAAAUAUUACAGGAGAUUCCAGAUAACCUAACACUAGAUAUCUUGCUGAGUAUGUCGGAUACUAAAGUCUGUGAAGCCAUGAAGAGAUAUGGAGCUAACCCUGAGGAGUGUUGCCGAUUGAAUGCUGCCCUCUCGUGUUUAAGAAGUAUAAAUGAUUCUGGUGGAGAGUUACAAGAUGAUGCUGUUCUUUGGACUUCAACUGAAACAAGACGAGAAAGCAACCCCGUACCACCUCCAGAGUUGAUGUUUUCUGUUGGCUCCAGACUGCCACACAGUCCUUCACCUGUUCCCAGACUAAUUCAUCCACAACCACGUUCAGUCUCUGUUUCAGUUAUUCCUACUUCGGAUUAUGUGUACUUGCCAAGUCGGUCAGAUAAUUUAGUGGACCCCUUUUCACAGUCCCCUCAACCAGGUCGACGAAUGUCUGGAGCUCAAACCAUUACAACUACACCACCGGCUACUCCUCCAGCAAAGAAGAAAAAUAGAUUUAAACCACCACGAACUCCACCACCGCCUUCACGGAAACUUAUUCAACUUUUUCCUGCUUUCUCAGGACUUACCAGAAGUAAAUCUCAUGAAUCUCAACUGGGCAAUAGAAUAGAUGAGGUACCAGCAAUUAAGUUCGGUAAGAAAAACAAGUUUUUUCUCAAUCUGAACAUCAAUGGCAGUGGCACCAACUGUGAUGAUAUCGUGACCCGAUCCCCCUUAUUACCAUGUAGGCCUUUCUUUCCUCCAUCUAUUGGAAGUUCUUACUGUCUUCCCUCAACACCUUGUGCAUCUGAUGACCACAGUUCUCCUAAAAAUUCAUUACAUGUACCACGAGGAUCCCCUCAGAUGCAACACAGGGAUUUUGGGCUUUCUAUUACACAUAGGUUUUCAACAAAAUCCUGGCUUUCGCAGACAUGUCAAGUUUGUCAAAAAAAUAUGAUGUUCGGCGUGAAGUGCAAACACUGUAGAUUAAAGUGCCACAACAAAUGCACAAAAGAAGCUCCUCCGUGCCGGAUUUCAUUUCCCCAAAUUACAAAAAUACGAAGAACGGAGUCGGUACCAUCUGAUAUAAAUAAUUCUGUGGACAGGCCUGGGGAGCCUCAGUUUGCUACACUUCCAAAGACACCACAUAAAAAGGAUCAUGCACCAGUUCCGUUAGAUUCCAGCAGCAAUCCAUCUUCAACAACCUCUUCAACUCCAUCUUCUCCAGCACCUUUUCCAUCUUCCAAUCCUCCCAGUGCAACUCCACCCCCAAAUCCUUCACCAAAAGGUCAUAGAGACAGAUUUAAAUUUCCAGAUGUGCCUAGCCCAACAUUGCAUGUCACUUCACAGCCUGAAACCUCUGAAGACACUAAUACUGUAGAGGAAGCUGAAACAGAUGCUGUUGAAGAAAUAGAUGCGGAGACUGAAGAGCGAGCACUUGAAGAUGAGGCUAAUAAGUCAGAAUUGGAAUAUGAGACUGAUGAGGUUGAUGAUUUGCCAAGUUCUAGACCGUACUGGAAAGGGCCAAUUUUUCGCAAAGCCAGCCAGACAAGUGUCUUCUUACAAGAGUGGGACAUCCCUUUUCAUGAAUUGGAAGUUGGAGACCUGAUAGGCCAAGGGAGAUGGGGGAAAGUUCACAAAGGACGCUGGCAUGGAGAAGUGGCGAUUAGGUUGUUAGAGAUUGAUGGAAAUAAUCAGGAUCACCUGAAAUUAUUUAAAAAAGAAGUGAUGACUUAUCGUCAAACAAGGCAUGAAAAUGUGGUACUUUUCAUGGGAGCUUGUAUGCACCCACCUCAUUUAGCCAUUAUUACAAGUUUCUGUAAAGGACGAACACUCUUCUCAUUUGUAAGAGAUUCCAAAACUACACUGGAUAUUAACAAGACAAGACUGAUUGCACAGGAAAUUAUAAAAGGGAUGGGAUACCUUCAUGCAAGGGGGAUUGUGCAUAAGGAUUUGAAGUCAAAGAAUAUCUUUUAUGACAAUGGAAAAGUUGUUAUCACCGAUUUUGGACUAUUUGGUAUAUCUGGUGUAGUACAGGAAGACAGAAGAGAAAAUGAGUUGAAGCUGCCAAAUGGUUGGUUGUGCUAUGUAGCUCCUGAAAUAGUCCAAGAAAUGUAUCCAGGCAAGGAUGAAGACAAGCUCCCAUUUUCAAAGGCAGGAGAUGUAUAUGCAUUUGGAACUAUUUGGUAUGAACUUCAAGCAAGGGAUUGGCCAUUUAAGAAUCAACCAGUAGAGGCAAUCAUCUGGCAAGUUGGUAGUGGGAAAGGAGUAAAUAAUCUUUUGGCUCAGAUUUCAUUUGGAAAAGAAAUAACGGAAAUUCUCUCUGCAUGUUGGUCUCAUAGUCAGAGUGAAAGACCAACUUUUUCUCAGCUGAUGGACAUGCUUGAAAAACUGCCGAAGCUGAACAGGCGACUUUCCCAUCCAGGUCACUUCUGGAAAUCUGCAGAGUUGUCAUUCUGAAAAAGAGACCGCAUCAAGUAGUUGUAGCUGUUGGUGCAAAAUCUGGGUCUGCCUUGCAUGCAUCCAAAUUCUCUCUCCUGUGAUACAACGACUUUGGCAGUCAUUUACAUCGUUAAAUUAUCCAAAAGUAACAUUCGCAGGCAACCUAAUUAUUAGCCCUAACCUUCCCAAUCUUCUUGGCCUGUCUAACCUCCUUUCUCUGGGUUAAUGAUUUCAAAGAUAACCUUGUUUGUGGAAAACCACUGUACUAAUAGAAUGAGCUUGGUUUCUUGGAUAUACUUCAAACAAGAAAAAAUCUGCCACUGAACUGGGUCUGCUUUUACCACUGACUAUACUAAUGCUACACAUGCUGAUGAAGCAUACAGAUUAUUUGCACUCUUGUCGGUUUUGUACUUACACAGUUUUUAAUUGAUGAUUAGCCAUGGUACAACAUUUUAUUUGUAGCUUGAAUGUUCUGAGGCUGCUUGGAUGCUAAUUUUUUGUACUGUCACUUUCCCCACUAUGAUGAAAUUUGAAAUGGAUGUUAACCUUAUAUAUUUCUCCUGUUCUCUUUCAGCAUUUAUAAUAACUAAGAUCUUACAAGGUUUGAAAGACUUGACCUGGGAACUCUGGAACAGCAAAGCAAUCAAAAGCUUUUUUUUUCAUGGGCUGCGUGGCAGCAAUAUUAUAUCUAAAAUUCCUCAGUUUGGCCAAGUUCAGUUUUUCAAAGAUUUUUUUUGCACGGCAGUUGAGUUAGCUAGUGAAAGAGGAGAGGGCUAUUGAGUAUCAAAAGAAUGGAAAUUGAGUAUUAGUUUUAUAUAAAUAUAUAUAUAUAUAUAUAUUCAUUCCCUAUUGGGUAUAUUUAAAUCAGAGGUUGAUGGAUUCAUGAUUCGUCAGGGCAUGAGUGGAUACGAGGAGAAGGUAGAAGGUUGGAGCUGAGAGGGAAAAUGGAUCAGCCAUGAUGAACUAGCAGAGCAGACUUGAUUGGCAAAUGGUCUAAUUCAGCUCCUAUGUUAUAUAAGAUGUGCAUUAAAAGUACAUGUCACAGUGUAACUGGCAGCAAAAAGUUAUCUUUCACUUGAUUGAAUGAACAUCAGAGUGUUUAUGCAGUGUCACUGAAAACCCUGUAUGGGCCAAAGUUAAAUAAUUGAAGCAAAAAAUAGAAACUUGUAUACAAAGCUGCCUCAUGAUGAGUGAAGAAUUUUACCUGCUGGUUAUACUGUGCUGCUGACUAUGAUAAGUAGAGAAGGUUGGUUAUGAAUUGUUUGCAUGGAAUUUUUAUCAGUGGGUCCUGAUAGAUGUAUUUAUCUUAUAAAAUAUGUACAUACUAUGGCAUAAAAUUGGGAAGGAAGUAUUGAAAUCCAUAAUUUGAAUGUGAGGCUGAAAGAACUGUAGAUAAAAAUUCAAAAUUAACAAGAGCUAUGACUUUUAUGCAAAUGGGACAAAAUUAGGAUGAAAGUCAUUGCUACAAGGCUGCAAGAGAUUCAUCCAUUUUCCUACCUUUGAGAGGAGGUUAAUGGAAAUAAAAAAACAGCUGCCAAUACUGGAGAUCUGAAAUUGAACAAAAAUGUUUAAAAGCAGUAGGUCAAGCAGCAUCUGUGGGAAGACAGAGUUAAUGGCAGAGGAAACGAAAGAAAAUAAAAGAUGGUUUUAAGUAAACUAUAUUCACAAAAACUUGCUUGUAGUACUUUCUACAUACUUUCUAUUGAUGGCAGUGUUUAAUGUAUCAGUAUGUAGAAAGUUUGCACAGUGCUGAAUGUACUAGAAAUGCUUUUUGACAGCAUUCUAUCCAUUACUUUAAUUAUGUACAAAAUUAAAAUCUGACUCUAUUAUGGCUGGUAUGAACCUGACUAAAGUUUGAGGAUGUAAAUCUUUUAACCCGAACCUGGAAUGCUAAAUUGACUCCAGUCAGAUAACAGGUUCUAACUACCAGUGUUUCAUCACUGAUUCUUCUUUUAAAUAACCUUUUAACUGUUGUUAUUUGUAAACUAUGUUGUCAAAAGAUGAAGCAUUAUUUUGAUGCAUUCUACUUAAUUAACAUUUUUAGUUAAUAAGUGUUUUUGUAAACCUGUACAUUUUCAACAUGAUCACCAAAUGUUAUAGUGUAUUAUUUUCAGUUAUUAUAAAAAAAUGAAGAGAGUGCAUGAAGAGCUUUGUCCUUUGAUACAAGCUGCAGUGAGAAAAUUAAUUUUAUUUUCCAUAGUUUUAAUCAGUGAUUAAAAAAAAUUAUUUAUGCCUAUCCAGCUACUGAAGGGAAGUUCCUGUUUUUUUUUCAGUUUCCUGAAAGUCACUUGCUCGAAUUCUGUCCUCUUUCCAAACCACUUAGGCUUAAGAGGGAAGAGAGGCCAAGAAACCCAUUAUGUAAUUUAGUAUAUUACCUUUCGUGUACAUUUGAUAUGGCAGUUGGAUAAUACGAGGUUGCGUGAAUUCUCAGCCCUUAGAACAUAAAGCUCUACAUCCUAAUUUAAGCCCUUUUCUAUUCAUUGUACACUCAAGGUUUCAUUCAAAAAACCUGCAUUUAAUUCAAAUAUCCAAGAAAAGCAUAUAAACUGCAUCCUGUAUCUGAGGUCAAGGCUGAUGCUGACGACUACUUUGUAAAUAGAACCAUGUUCUAUGAGUGUUUACAUACAAGUUAAGCUCUUUCUAAUGUGAAACAGACAACUGGUAAAAUAUCUUUUAAAAACUUUGAACAACAAAAGUAGUAAUUAGAAAACAGACCUAUUUUAAACUACUAAUUUGCCAUGAAGAUUACAGAAUCUGAUAUUUAAUUUCUGCUAUGUUUGCAUGAAAUCUUUGGGUGGGAUUUGCAUUGAGAAGUGUGUGUAACUGAGAUAAUGAAUGUUUCUUAAUAAUUUAGAUUUUGUAUAACUAGUGGUAUUUUUACCCUGUCUGUGAGGUGGGGAUAAAAUAUGUGAAAUUUUGGCUGAUGCUCCCAAACACUCUGUAAAUGGAGCCUCUUUAAACUUUGCCAGUUUACAUAGCAUUCUCAUGAUAUAUAGUAAUUCAGUUUGUUUGUCUGUCUGACUGACUGUGGACAAGGUGAAUUACUGAUACGAUGCAAUUUCUCACAGUAAAACAAAACUUAAGUAACUAAAUCAAACAGUGUUUACUUGAGCAAUGAAAAUAUUGCAAGAAACAUUAAGUAUAUUCUCAACAAUCCUGCAGUACUACAUUUUAUUAAGAUUUGCAGUUUAAAAGAAUUAAAGAUUUUUAACUAGGAUUAAGCAUUGUGAUUUGUAGCAAAAUACAGGAGUAAUUAAAUUUCUGUCUAAGUUGGAAUUGCAUCCUCAUUGGAUGACUUGAAAAGCUUGUAAAAACCUUCUGAAAUGCACAGUGGAGGUUCUAACUUCUCCCCCAGCCCUAUUUUUAAAAGAAAAAUCCUUUUGUGUUCAGAAUGUAAUGCCAUAAGACAGGAGCAGAAUUAGGCCAUUUGGUCCAUUGAGUCAGCUCUGCCAUUCUAUCAUGGCUGAUUUAUUAUUCCUCUCAGCUCCAUUUUCCUGCCUUUUUCCUGUAGCUUUGACACCCUGACUAAUCAAGAACCUAUCAACCUGUGCUUUAAAUAUAACUAAAAACUUAGCCUCCACGGCCAUCUGCGGUAAUGAAUUGCACAGAUUCACCACGCUCUGGCUAAAGAAAUUCCUCUUCAUCUUUUUUCUAAAGUGAUGUGUUGAUAUUGUGAGGCUGUGUCCUCUGGCACGAGACUCUUCCACUAUAGGAAACAUCCAGUAGAGAUGAUCACCAAGAAACUUGUUCCUUUCUCCUAAUAGGGAACCAAUAUGACACUGAAAUCAGAAAGCUAAAUUGCAAAAUAUAUGAAUAUUACCUAUAAAUCUGUUAUAACUGUCUGGCAAGUCCAUUCAGUUGUGGUGAAUUAGGAAACAGCAUGUUGAGAGUUGGUAUGUGAAAACUAAGACUAUUGUUGAAGAAAGGAAAAUAGACAAAGGAGAUUUUGAGUAAUUUAAGUUGAGCAGUUUGAGAGAAGUAAUAAAACCAGUGGGACUUUUGUGUGUUUGGAUAUUGGGUGUGGUUUCAAAUGCAGAGCUUAAUUAUAAAUUAAUAAUAUAUAAUUAGACUGGAUAAAGCAUCUUUCUGCAUCAUGGAGUUCUGUUUGUGACUAGAUAAUUCUGGUUUUUCCAGUAACUCCCAGUUUUAGGCUGAUCUAACUUCAAUUGAUUGGAUUCCAUAUUCCUAAAAUAAAGGAUGAAAGGAUUAGUAAAGAACUGUUUUUAGAUCAUUAUACUAUUGUCAAAUGGUUACGAUACCAUUUCCCUCCCAUUUUAAUUGCAUUUAUAACUAGCUAUAAAAAUUCCUAUGUUCUAUUCAUUCUAAUAAUGAGCAUUUGUUUCAAAUAAAUUUUCAUCUUUCUUCAUUUAUCUCUGGGAUGCCUCCCAGUUGCAUCCAUUAACUCCACAUUAACCCCAUCUUCACCUAUCCAAGUAUUUCAAUGAAAUAUUUAAAGUGACUUUGUGUUUACCAUAUUUCAUAGUGAACUUGAUAUUGCCUUGUAGAGCGGUUGGUUCAAGACUUAAAGCAUAUGUAUGGCAGCUGAAAUGCUAUUCUGUUGAAAGAGCUGCAGCUGAGGUGUUAAACCAAGGUUGUAAGUGAAUCUAACCCAGCACCCAUUCUGGAUGUUUCUGGAGCACACUAGCUGCUCAUUCCCCCUGUUGCUGUUUAAAUUGGCUUGCCACAUUUCCUUACAUUAUGCCACACAGUACACUUAAAAUACUAAUGGCUGUCAAGAAGUUCAGAAUAUUCCAAAUAUGAGAAAAAUGCUAUCUAAAGGACAAUUUGUUAAGUUAUUUUCCCCGUCCACUAACCCUAGUUUCAAUUUUGUACACUACUCCCUGUACUACCAAGGCUUUGCAAAUACCUUCAAUGGCAACCUGAGUUCAAGUUUAUUGUCAUUCAACAAUACACGUGUACACAGCUAAUUGAAACAUCAUUCCUCUGGGGCCAAGGUGCAAACACAGCACAUAUAGUUACAAUCCAGCAAAUACAAUCAUAAAAUAAUCUUAGCCCAAGUCCUUGAGUGGCAUGGCCUGAAGAUUAACAGGUUGACAUAAAAUCUGAGGUGCAUGUUUAUGUAAGACAGAAUAAUGUUUUAAGCAGUCUCCUACUCUUUACCUCAACCCAAUCUUACACUCUUUCCACACCUAUCUGGAACUAGAAACCCAUUGACAGUUUCAGUUUGACGCUGACACAUUCCCACUGCUGGUGUUCAGCUUCCGCCAUAUUGUACGUUAAACAGGAAAUGGGAUAGGAGCGUCUGAAAGAAAAUCAAUAGGUUUCUGUUGAUCAAAUAUCAUGGAAUAAUGGAAUGGUGUUUGCUCAACAUUGAUUCGAUCAUUGGGCAACUCUAGUAUUUGAUUUUCUUAAUUACAUUUUUUUAAAAUGAGUAUUUCAUUAAUUUACUUGUGUUAACAUGCUAAUAACAUUAACUUUACAUACAUAUGACUUUCAGAGGUCUAAAAUAAAUUAUCACACGUAAAAAUAAUGAAAAUUAUAAGGGAAAGAAGCAAAAUUGAUAUUCAACAAAUGUUUAUAACUUGUAGUGAAUUUUAUUCCUUGAACAAUCUCUUCAUAAAUGUGCUCAUUUCUGUGAUUCAGAAAUUUUCUCAGUUACACACACAAGGUGUGUAUAUUUAGUUUUGUAACAGUUGUGGAUGAUUCCUUCAGACUUUUGUCUUGCACCUGAGACUGAAUGUAAUGCAGAUGUGUUACAGUGGCACCGAAGUGUAUUUAAGUAGAGUAAAAACCCGCUGGUUUCAAUGCAAUGUUGGACAUGUGUUACGAAUGUAAAUUACAUUUUAUAUUGACUUCUGAAGCUAGGUGUAGCAUUUUGGUACUUCAAAACUUCUGUACAUGGAUUCUCUGCUUUUUUUUUUAAAAGGAUUUCAGUAAUUUAUUGGUGGCUUUAACUUUAAGGAUAGGGCAUUUUAGCAUUGGAUGUUUGCACCUUAUACACAGGUGCUGUUUGAGUAUAACGCUUCCAUUGAAAGAUACUCUGUAAUAGUGGAAGGCACAUUUCUGUAUUCUGCAAUAAGUGGUGCCUCUUUAUUUUUUUUUAGUU